UUGUGCAGUGACUCAAAAAGGAGGAAGUACAACCCAGACAGACCACACGAAGCCACGGCCUCCGCUGACAUCACCUCAUGUCAUGUCGGCUCUGAAGACGCAUGCUGAGCAGGACAAACAGCGGAUCAUGGACUUCUCUCGGCCCUUCUCAGAGCUCAACGAGAGACUGAAUCCCCGAUACACCACCAGCGAACAGCUCUACUCCUCCCUGAACCGACUGGACGGCAGACAGCCGGGCUCGCAGAGGAGCCGGUCCUCCCACCGGCCGACAGUUCUGCCAGCGGAACCGAGAGUCUCUGUGACCGUGACGGAGCCACAGGAACCCGAGGCCGACGCAGCGCGGGAGGAUUUGGUCUCCGACGGCCCGGACGAAGGAGAUUGUGAUGAUCUGCAGCAGCUCGUGAACAACACGUGUGUCUUCGCCGAGUUGAAUUUGAAAGAGGUGGACGGGGACAGCAGCUCCACGCAGUCCGAGGAGAAAGACAGUCCAUGCGAACUGCCCGCGGACGGGACAAGGGAUUCGCCGGGGUCGGCAGCCUUGGCCGGUGAAGGUGGGAGCUCCUCACAGGUGACGAGCUACGUUGAUGGGACUUUACCAGACCUGAUCAACAGUGGAAGGCCGCUCAGCAGGCGCAGGACACUGGGACAUGUCUCAGCCACGCUCAACGAAGUGCGCAGGGAAGUGGAGCUGUCUCGGAAAAGAAGCAUCAGGCUCAAGGCCCAGGUGGACAAACUGCAGGACGACAGGGCCGGGAAAGGCUGGAGCCAACACAGAGAGACGGUCACAGACGAGGUCCUGUCUGUCCUGCGGCUGCUGCACCCGCUGACGGCGCCCGAGUCCGGCCUGCCUGAACCCUCACGCGGGGAAAACCGGCUGGACGCCGCCCUGGCCCAGCUGCAGAGUGUGGCCCGGAAACUGGCUAUCGGCCACACCAAGCAGGAGUCCAAAUCUGGAAAGGGAGAAGAGGACAGUGCUAUUCUGCAGCAGGCGCUGCGGGACAGAGAUGAAGCCAUCGAGAGGAAGAAGGGGAUGGAGGCGGAGCUGCUGCGCAGUAAGACGGAGAUGAUGUUGCUGAACAACCAGCUGCUGGAGGCCGUACAGAAGCGUCUGGAGCUGUCGCUGGAGCUCGAGGCCUGGAAGGAGGAUGUUCAGGUGAUCCUCCAACAGCACCUGCAGAGUCAGCAGCAGGCGGAGCAGGCCCAGAAGAAGCCCUCCCGCCUGGGCAUCCUGAGGAGGACCACCCGCCAACCCAUCCAGCGGCCGGCCACGUUCCCCGUGUCUACACCCACCCCUCCCAAAACCAACUCCAAACAGAUCUUCCUCACCACGGCCAAGGUUUCUUCGUCCUCUUCUUCUCCAACGGCGAGCAUCAGCAGUACGCCGUCUCCUACCGGCACUCGACGCAACUGGAUGGACAAGUUGAGGAGGGUCAAGAACACUCAAGAAGGCGAGGACGCAGCGGGGCAGAAUUCGGAGCGGGGCGUGAUGGACGGGUUCCAGGUCGUGUCACUUGAUUGAAGCAGUGAUGACUCAUCGUUCGGAUGCUCAACAAGGAAGUUUUCCUCCAGUCAAAAAUGUGUUUUGCUUAUCGGGGUUGUGCUUGGUUUGGCUUCACUUCACUGACGAUUUCUGUUUAUUACUAGGAGACUGUUUUCACGUUCAUCUGCUGAAGGGGGAAAGUUUUUGUCAGUGCUCACUUUAAAUCUGAGUUUGAGCAAGAUUUUGCGAUAAGUUGUUUGGCGGCAGCGUGAGAUGUGAAAACUUUAAAGCUCCAAUGCAAAACACACAAACACAGAGUGCACUCGUGUGCAUGAGUUACUUUGAAACAAACACUGUUUGCAAGUUCAUGGAUUGUGGAUUUUUCAUUUUUUCAUUUUAAGAACUUCUGACCAAGUCAUUUAACUUUCUGAGGAGAAGCAAUAUAAGACAAUUACAUGUCUGGAGGAGCUCUGAUAUAUUCCUGUGAACAUAUGAUCUUUAGAUCUUUGGCUAAUGUAAUUUAUGUGUAAAAUAACUGAUUAUGAAUGCGCCGUGUAUUUGUUUAAUACUGUACACACUUGAAUACGUCAAAUCUCUUACACGGUGAGACACUGUCGACCACAUAAUAUUUAAUCCUUCAUUUCCUGCACUUUUGCUUCUUGCAUUUUCAAGUUUCAGAAGAAAAAAAUAAAUGAAACUUUUGUAGAUUA